ACUACAGAUGCCACAACAACAACCACAGCUGAACCAACAACUACAGAUGCCCCAACAACAACCACAGAUGCCCCAACAACAACUACAGAUGCCACAACAACAACCACAGCUGAAACAACAACUACAGAUGCCCCAACAACAACCACAGCUAAAACAACAACUACAGAUGCCCCAACAACAACCACAGAUGCCCCAACAACAACUACAGAUGCCCCAACAACAACCACAGAUUCCCCAACAACAACUACAGAUGCCACAACAACAACCACAGCUGAACCAACAACUACAGAUACCCCAACAACAACCACAGCUGAGCCAACAACUACAGAUACCCCAACAACCACAGCUGAACCAACAACAACUACAGUUGUCCCAACAACAACCACAGCUGAAACAACAACUACAGAUGCCAUAACAAUAACCACAGCUGAACCAACGACUACAGAUGCCACAACAAUAACCACAGCUGAACCAAAAACAACUACAGAUGCCCCAACAACAACCACAGCUGAACCAACAACUACAGAUGCCCCAACAACAACUAUAGAUGCCACAACAACAAUCACAGCUGAACUAACAACAACCACAGCUGGACCAACAACAACUACAGAUGCCCAAACAACAACCACAGCUGAAACAACAACAACUACAGGCGCCCCGACAACAACCACAGCUGAACCAACAACUACAGAUGCCCCAAUAACAACUACAGACACCCCAACAACAACCACAGCUGAACCAACAACUACAGAUGCCCCAACAACAACUACAGAUACCCCAACAACAACCACAGCUGAACCAACAACUACAGUUGCCACAACAACAACCACAGCUACUACAGACGCCCCGACAACAACGACAGCUGAACCAACAACUACAGAUGCCCCAACAACAACUACAGCUGAAACAACAACUACAGAUGCCCCAACAACAACCACAGAUGCCCCAACAACAACUACAGAUGCCCCAACAACAACCACAGCUGAAACAACAAUAACUACAGGCGCCCCGACAACAACGACAGCUGAACAACCAACAACUACAGAUGCCCCAACAACAACUACAGACACCCCAACAACAACCACAGCUGAAACAACAACUACAGAUGCCCCAACAACAACCACCGAUGCCCCAACAACAACUACAGAUGCCCCAACAACAACCACAGAUUCCCCAACAACAACUACAGAUGCCACAACAACAACCACAGCUGAACCAACAACUACAGAUACCCCAACAACAACCACAGCUGAGCCAACAACUACAGAUACCCCAACAACCACAGCUGAACCAACAACAACUACAGUUGUCCCAACAACAACCACAGCUGAAACA